CAAACUAACUGAACUCUGUCAGUUAUAGAGAUGGGAAUCACUGGAGAACUAGUGAGGAGUGUGUUCUCUAAAAAUCGAUCUUUCGGAACCACUCAUGACACCAAUGUGAUCAGAAACAAUGCAGUUGAAAGAAAGAGAUGGGCAAGUGUGAGAUCAUACCUUUGUGGUGAUGAAUACAAUUCGGUUAUGGCUGAAGAAGAUAUGGACUCUAGAAAAAGCUCGAAAGAAGCCAUGAGUACUUCCGUUUUUCUAGAUCAUUAUUCGGGUUCUUGCAGAACUUCAAAAGCUACUAUUUUUAGUUCAAGAAUCGAUGAUGAUUCAUCUAUCAAAGGUUCUGAGGCUAGUGUCACACAGCCCAUUUCAGAAAAAUCUAAUGACACUCUAGAGUCAGAGGAAAAGACUAAUUUAAAAUCUGAACAUGAUGCUGCAGUUGUCAUUCAGUCAGCAUUUAGAAGUUUUCGGGCCAGAAGACUAAUUGAAAGCCUUAAAUCUGCGAGUGUUGUUGAUCAAGAGGUUGCAGUGCCCUUAGGAAGUCCAAGUAAAGAAUCAAUAGCAACAUCAAUAGAAGUCCAAACUGGGAACUCGGUGGUUGAAUUUAACGAGUGUAGUGAGAGUUUUGCGCGUCGUAUAAAGCAUACAAAGGGAGUUAAGGCACAAACAUUGAGACUAAAGCAGGAAGAUUGGGACGAUAGCACUGUGAGUAGCAACAUAUCAAGAAUGAGGAUUCAGAAUAGACUCGAGGCAUCUACCAGGCGCGAAAGGGCACUCGCUUAUGCUUUCUCACAGCAGCUGAGGAUCUGCUCAAAGAAGAAACAAAAUGUACGAAAUGGGAAUGAGUCAGAAGCAAAUAUGAGUUGGAGUUGGCUUGAGAGAUGGAUGGCAACCCGGCAACACGACACUUCUUUUGGGGACAUUAGCAAACAAUUUGAACAGUUAAAUGGGAGUCAAAAACUAAUGGUACAGAGUCAAAUACUAUCAGAUUUAGCAGGGGAAGAGAAGGAAAGUUGUGGAUCAAAUGAAGUGUCUAUGCAUUUUGAUAAUGUCUCUUUGAGCUCAAAAACGGGUGAAAAAUCUUACUACAAACCAGCUCGAAACAGGCUCAAGGCUACAAGUAUCUCGAGGCGAAAAACCUCACCAAGUUAUGGGUUCACUAAGGAGUAUUCUAAGGUGAACAAGCAAGGAGGAGAAAGGGAAAUGAUAUGUGAAGAUAAACAAUAACUAGUUGCUACUAGUCUUGAUUGUAGAUUUUACUGUUAAAUAAUGUUUACUGCUGUAAGUCAUUUGAUGGUGUGGUAUAUAUGUAAAAAAAGUUAAGAGUUUUAUCUA